AUGGGGCACACCAGCAUGCUCCAGGCUUUUUACCCUCACCAGACGCUGUUGGUGACAGGCGCCAGCGGAUUUGUAGGCAAGGUUUUGCUCGCGCAGCUGCUGAAGUCGUGCUCUGUGAAGAAGCUUUACGUACUCCUGCGGCCGUCGACAGGCCGUAGUGCCCAGGAACGGCUGCUUGUCGACGUGUUCAGUAGCCCAGCGUUUGAUGAAAUGCGCAGUGCACAUCAGGAUGAAGGCGGAUGGAAUGAAUGGAUUAGCAAACGGGUAGUCGCAGUGCCUGGCGAUUUGCUGAAGCCAGAUUUCGGUAUUCAGCAUAAACACGUCAUACGAAAGCUUCAAGAAGAGGUGACAGUUGUUAUUCAUCUCGCAGCGAGCGUCCAUUUCAAUUCUCCUCUCAAAGAUAACUACCGCAGUAAUGUGGAAGGAACAAUGCGCAUCUUGGAUUUCGCCAAAGGAUGCCCGUUUCUCCAGGUCUUUGUCCACACAUCUACGUGUUAUGUUAACUCCGACCAUGAAGGCCGCGUGAAAGAAGAUGUUCUUCCUCUCCCGUGGGAUACCGAAGAAUUACUAACUGCUGUACACAAAAUGAUUGAGCUUCGCGACAACGAGGCAAGAUACACUCACUUGGACGUGGCGAACCUCGAGAAGCAGCUCCUUGGACGAUUUCCCAACACUUAUACUUUUACAAAAAGACUUUCCGAGGCUCUUCUCAUUAGAGACUGGGAGAAGGCCUUGCUGCAGCCGGAGCGAAGCGAAGUUAAAUUUCCACUUUGCAUGCUACGUCCGUCGAUCGUCGGCGCGUCCUACAAGCAUCCUCGACGAGGAUGGAUCGACAACCUCAAUGCUACCGGUGGCAUGUUUCUUCUCUGCGCUCUGGGAGUUCUCAAAUGCCUCCCCGCUAAUCCGAAUAUCAUCGGCGACAACGUCCCUGUCGAUGUUGUGGCAGAUGCUCUUAUUGUUUCUGGCGCAGCAGUGGCUGCGGCGCACGCCUACUCGAAUCCCGCAGCUAUGAGAGCGGCAAGACACCCAGCAGCAGCGGCAUCACUAGCUGCAGCGCAGUGUGUAAUGCCUCAGUAUCUCCCCCAUGCAAUAACACUCCCAAAAACUGUAUCGCCUGCGCCUUCCGGACUCCCUUCCCCUGUAGCAGCUGACGCGAACAAUUCUGGAAGGGGAACUGGAGCCUGUGAGCCCCCGCCUGCGCCACAGGUUUAUGUGAACCUGUUGUACAAACACGUCCUAAACGAGCCGUAUAAUCCGCCUCCAUUCCUUGCUCGCCUCAUACCGUGCCCCGACACAUUUACGUUCUUGAAGAACACUGGACCACUUCCGCGCUGCCCCUCUCCGUGGUCGAUAGAGAAUGCUGUCUUAGGGAGCAAAGCUCUGGCUUCUGUGAUUCGAAAAGACGCUAUACAGAUUAGCAAGCAAGGCAAGAGACGACGCAAGAAUGGCAAACCUGCAGGCACAACGCAGCCAGAGAUCGAAGCGGAAGUCCGGGCAGAUGCCCAGGAGCUGUAUGAUACUAUUGCGGGGACGAUCAGAACUCCCGCGGUUUAUGUCCUCGGAGGGAUCCUCCAUACUGCCUUUCAGCGACUUUUCGACCGCGUUGUUGUUGAAAGCACGGAGAUCGAGCGUCUGAGAAAAACCGUGCAAGAAUGCCACGGCCCCGUUAUCCUCCUACCAACACACAGGUCUUACAUGGAUUCCCUUCUUCUAUUUUACAUGUGUCUCGGAAACGGUAUGCCUCUGCCUUUCGUGGCGGCAGACGAAGGGUUGGCGCAGAUUGCUGUCGUGAAUCGGCUCCUUCGUAACUCCGGAACCUUCUUCCUCAGAAAAUCAUCCAGCCUCUCAAGAGGCAAAGCAAACGGACCGUCGCCCCGACUUUACUGCACAGUGGUUCACCAGUACAUUCAGGCCAUUGCUAAGCGUCACGGGUACCUCGAAUUCUUCAUAGAGGGCGGACGGAGCAAAACAGUCACACUUUCGUACGACAAGGUUUUGGAAGCUGAGUCCUUCCCUCAAGAGCUGUUAGGCGGACAGAGAAAGAAAGAAGACUUACGCCGGGUCCUCAAUGUCAUUCGUUGCAUGUCAUGUUACGGCCAGGACUGUAAAGUCCAAGGCGCAGAUAGCAAUGGCCUUCAACAGCGGUUCGGUGUAGGUUCCAAGCCCCUAGGCUCUGCGUACAUUAAGAUCGGCGAACCCAUUACUUUUAAGGAGAAGAAAGAUAAAGUUGGCCAACCAGCGGAGUUCCGACAGCGACAACAAGAAGAGCAAGAGCACAUGAAGUCUUCUACCGAGUGGCUGAAAAGGAAGAAGAAUCAACCGCAAAGUGAAGAAGACAGCGAGGCUAUGGCGGGGCAAGCCCGCCACUAUAGAAGGGUUCCCAAUGAACUCCGUGAAAAGGAGGACCAGGUCCAGUGGCUGCGGGACCAGGUGCUUCUUCGCGGUGGACUUCUCUCCCCAGGUGUCGGUGGUCUGAUGUUUGACGUGCGUCUCAUUGUCCAAGCAACGCUGCAGACGUACCUUCGGGGAGUUGUUGCAAGCAGCGGGGGCGGCUGGUCUGUCAUUCAAAGUGUCGCUCCGAGCGCGGCCGGCGCCAACGGAGUCGCUGCGCCCUCCUCGAUCAGCACGCUACCAAUGUCACGGCCGACGACCGUAGGAGGGACCGUUGUAGGGCCUCUGGGUGCCGAUGCGCCUCGUCUAGUCCUUGCCUACUACAGAAACAAAUGCUGCCAUUUGUUUAUUCUCGAGGCCAUUGUAUGUGCUGCUCUCUUUGCAUUUGGGCGUGAGAUCGCGUGGGAAGAAGGCGCAGACAGCAUGGCGCUUACUGAAAAGGCAGUGUUUCUCACGGAACUGCUUAAGGAUCAUUUCGCGUUGAAGAAUCAGUUAAGAGACGUCGAGAUUAUCAAGAUCGUUGACCUCAUGGUAUCACGACGCAUUUUACGGCGUCUUCCGUCGCCUUCGGCCUCCCCCAGCGAGAAAGAGGGCAGAGGGGAUCGACGAUACGUCUUCCAUCCGUCAGCGGAGUCCAGUGUUACACUCUUCACAUAUUUCGUCUGGCCAUUUGUCGAUAGCUACUGGGCAUGCGGCAUGAGCCUUUUUGCUCUUCAAAAGCCGACAACGCCUGCAGACAUGGUGGACGAGAUGGGGGAGGACAGUGCAGCAGUCAACAACGAGCCGUUCGCUACCUCGAUGCAAUGUUCGCGAACGAGGACACGCAUGAGUAAGGCUCAGCUGGUUGCGCGGGCCCACUGGCUGGCUGACGGUCUCUACAAAGAGCACUACCUUGAGAGCGUCGGUCAUGUGAACGCGGAACAGGCGGCUCUGCUCCGUGUGUGA